AUGGCUAAUAGACAAUGUUACAAUAAGAUUUAUGAAAAAAUCCAAAAUGAAAUUCAAGAUGGAAAUAAAAACGAAAAUGCUUCAUUAUUUUUCAUAACUGGUAAUCCAGGAAUAGGAAAGUCAUAUUUUGGUCUUCACUUACUUUAUCAAUUUGCAAAAUUAAAAAAAGAAAUAAUUUAUCAACAUUUCAACUAUCCAGGAAGAGUUUUUUAUUUUUCAUCAAAAGAACAUAAAGUUUUUGAGGGGAAAACACUGGAUGAAUUUAGUAGAGUAUUAAAUCUGGAAUCAACAUUACACAUGGUUGAUGAUAUGAUACCUUCAAAUUAUCCUGCAGUAAAAAUAGUCCUUACUUCACCUCAAAAAAAAAAGAUUAAAGAUGAAGUAGAAGAUGCUUGUAAUCUGUUAUAUACUUCUAGGUCUAUAGAUGAUGCAAAAGAAUUAUAUGAAUUAUGUGGAGGUAUAGCUCAUUAUAUUUUUGAAUGGAAAAAAGAAGAAGCUUAUCAAGAGAUAGAUUUGGCUAUUAAAACCUGUGACCUUGGUAAGAUAAUAAAAUCUGUUGGUGAGGUUGAUGCUCCUCAUGAUACUUCUCAUGUGAUAGUACACAUUGUAGUAGAUCCUCAAACUUUUCAACGACACAAAGUUCAAUUUGCCUCUUCUAUCAUCAGAGAAAAAAUAUAUCAAAGAUUUUUAAAUGAACAACAAUUUUCAUUACGUAAUUUUUUAAAAGCAUGUGAAGAUGAAUCAAUUACAGGUGGUAUCUGUGGUAAUUUGCUUGAAGAUUUUGCACAUAAAAUGCUAAAAGCUGGUGGAAAGUAUGAAAUAAAAUUAUUAGAGUCAGAAGAAGAGUUAAGAGAAGGAGAUACACAAAAGAAAAAACUUAAAUCUAAUAAUGGAACAUCAGCUUCUUUAAUUAAUGAAUUAAAUUUGACUGUUAAAGGAACUUUUAAGUUUUCAAAACUUGAAGAAAUAACAGCAAAACAUCAAGUAAUUAAACAUCUCAAUGAACUUCAGAAUGAAGAAAAUGAGACAGAACUAUAUUUUGUUGUUCCAGAUGAAAUUUAUUUAACAUUUAAUAAGCAGAAGUUCCAAACAAAACCAGGAAAAAAUGCAGAAAGAACACCACCAAUUAUACAUUCUAUCAAGCAAUAUUCUCUUAAAAUUCCAUUGGAUGUAAAUAUGAUGAUUUCUUAA